AUGACUGCUGACGUAUAUUCUUACUCUGAGCAAGCUGAGCUCGCAGAUGCGGUUGGCAAAUACAUUAUCAAACAUCAGAAGGAAGCAAUCAAUGCCAAUGGGUCAUUCAACAUUGCGAUUUCAGGGGGUUCCUUGGGUAAAGUUUUGAAAGAAGCAUUGAUUGACAAUCAAGACAUUGCGGCAGAGGUUCAAUGGGACAAAUGGCAAGUGUACUUUAGUGACGAAAGACUUGUGCCAUUGGACCAUAAGGACUCCAAUUAUGGGCUUUUCAACGAGAUGGUGCUCAAGAGCCUUUCCUCAGCCAAGCCUACAGUGCAUACAAUUGACGAAUCGCUAUUGACUGGUAAAGACGGACAAGUUGAAGGCGCUGAUAUUGAAAAGGAUAAAGAAAUUGCCAAAAGGUAUGCAGCUCAUUUACCUCACAAAUUCGAUGUCAUAUUAUUGGGUUGCGGUCCCGAUGGUCAUACAUGCUCGUUAUUCCCGGGGCACAAACUUGUACAUGAGAGGACUCAAUUGGUAUCAUAUGUGAACGAUUCCCCCAAGCCACCUCCAAGAAGAAUUACUAUUACUUUCCCGGUCUUGGAGAGUGCUACUGCGAUUGCGUUUGUAGCACAAGGUUCUGGAAAAGCACCAAUCUUGAAAGAGAUUUUCAAUGACCCAAAGAGUCAAUUGCCAUCGAAGUUGGUGACUGAUAUUACAUCUGGUGUUGCGUUGUGGUUUUGUCCAAGACCAAACUCUCAAAUACAUGACAAACUAACUACAUUGAGUAGCUCCAUUAAUACGUUGUUCCCCGGUCUGCCACCGAAAUUUGAACCACACAUUACAAUAACCACCAAUGUCAGUGUCAACCUCGAUGACCCAUCCAAAACAAAAGACGAUGUUGAUAAGGUAUUGUCUGCUUGCGUAGUGGCGUUGCAAUCUUUGCCCAAAAAUCACACCAAGCUCGUGACUAUUGGAAACAUCAAUAGUCAAAGAAAAUACUUUCAAAAACUAUACUUUGAAGUGGUGAAAGACCCCAAUUUGGUAUCACUCGCUCAAAUUAUGAGAGAGGUGUUUGUUAUAGCUCCUGCCGACAUUGAAGCUGAGAAUCAAAAACAAAAUCCACAUUUGUACACCACUGAUGGUCAGGGCAACACAGUGAGGCGGAGACCCCUGAAGAAGCAUAGCAGAGAGGCAUCGCAAAGUACGACAAAGGAGUUUGAUACAGCUGAGAUUCGCAGGAGAGCCACUUACAAGGCAGCUGAGUGGGCAGAAAAGGAGUAUGAUCCACAUAUAUCCUUAGUUUACAGCAAUAUCUGGCCAAUAGAUAAUGCGUUGUGGCUAACCAUCAAAACAAGAAUCAGCGAUUACCUCGGCAUUGAAGAUGUUGAUGCCGGAAAUCUACACAAUCACAGUCUCGGAUGGGAUAGUGGUGUUUUCAAGUUGGUAUUGUGUGAAGGAGAAGUUCAAGAUUGGAUUGUGUUGGGAAGUGUGGAUGUUUAA